AUGACAUCUCAAGCCAGGAGAGCUACUGAGCCGCUCAAAGCAGCCACUGUGGAGGCAAAGGUGGACCAGGAUGGAGAUGCGCCCAGGGGCCUUGACAGGCAAGGCAGCAUAAGGGACAGGGCGCACAAACGAGCCCCGCUUGACAAGGGCCACUUGUUCCGAGCGAAGUAUGUGCCAUUCAAGAGCGUGCUGGAGGGGGAUCCCUGGAACUCGGAGGAGUCCUACUCGUUGGACGAGGUGGUCUACCGGGCCAAGGAUGGCGGCCUCCUGGACGUGGUGCACGACAUGGAUGCACUGAAGCAGUAUGGGCCGGAGUACUGGCGCGCCCUGUUUGACAGCAGGGUGGGCCGCACAACCUGGCCCUUCGGCUCGGGUGUGUGGUCUAAGAAGGAGUGGGUGCUGCCGCAAAUCGAGGACGACUACAUCAAGAGCAUGUUUGAGGGCAACAGCAACCUGUUCUGGGCGGAGGGCUUCGGGCGCCAGCUGGGCAUGUCGGACAUGUGGGUGAAGAACUGCGGCAUCAGCCACACGGGCUCCUUCAAGGACCUGGGCAUGACCGUGCUCGUCUCCCAGGUCAACCGCCUGCGCUCCAUCAAGCCCGACGCCGUCCAGGCCGUCGGCUGCGCCUCCACAGGUGACACGUCAGCUGCGCUGUCGGCGUACUGCGCGCACGCUGGCAUCCCCUCCAUCGUGUUCCUGCCGGCCGACAAGAUCAGCCUGGCGCAGCUGGUGCAGCCCAUCGCCAACGGCGCCCUCGUGCUCUCCAUCGACACCGACUUUGACGGCUGCAUGAAGCUCGUCAAGGAAGUGACGUCGGUGUCGCCCAUCUACCUGGCAAACAGCAUGAACAGCUUGCGGCUAGAGGGGCAGAAGACGGCCGCCAUUGAGAUCUGCCAGCAGUUUGACUGGGAGGUGCCCGACUGGGUGAUCAUCCCUGGAGGCAACCUGGGCAACAUCUACGCUUUCUACAAAGGCUUCAAGAUGUGCUAUGACCUCGGCCUCACAGACCGCAUGCCCCGCCUCGUCUGCGCGCAGGCCCAGAACGCCAACCCGCUGUACCUGGCGUACAAGAAGGGCUGGGAGCACUUUGAGCCGGUGAAGGCCAAGACGACGUUUGCGAGCGCGAUCCAGAUCGGCGACCCGGUGUCGAUCGACCGCGCGGUGCUGGCGCUGACGGCCACGGAUGGCAUCGUGGAGGAAGCCUCCGAGGAGGAGCUCAUGGACGCCUCCGCGCGCGGCGACCUCACCGGCAUGUUCAACUGCCCGCACACGGGAGUGGCGCUGGCGGCGCUGAUCAAGCUGCGCGAGCGCGGAGUCAUCGCGGCCUCCGACCGCACCGUCGUUGUGUCGACGGCCUCUGGGCUCAAGUUCGCCAACUCCAAGGUGGCCUACCACUCGCGCGAGAUCGAGGGCAUGAAGUGCCAGUACGCCAACCAGCCCACCCCCGUCAAAAACGACCUUGGCUCUGUCAUGGACGCCAUUCAUGCCAAGUUCAGCGCCAUGAAGUGAGCGCGGCAUCAACUCCAUAGUGCGCAUGAUUUGAGCUAUGCACGCUGCACAGCGAGGGCCGUGUUGGGGCACAUGCUAUCCGCGCCAAGUUCAGUCCAUGAAGUGAGCAUGCUCGGAGCUCGGCGCCGGGGCAUGUGCCGAGCGCAUGAGCCUAGGCAGAGCUCUCAUGGCUGCAGUGGCGGAUGCGUGAAGGUACAAGGAUAUGUGCUGUCUGUGUCUUCUUUCCUGGCACGAUGUCAUAUGCCCGGUGCUUUGGCUGGAUAUCAAUGAAUGCACCUUUCCAUGCGCAAUGAAGUGUUCACUACUAGUGAGGCUGCUCUGGCGCAAAACUCAUCCUGGAACUGAUAGAACGUUGCCGGCUUGCUUUUGUACUGCAUGUUGGUUUUUAGCAGCAGUACAGUGAAUACCUCCAGGUACAACAUCAGGAUACAAAAUGACGGUGCUUAUACAUGCGGAAGUUGGCCAUCUCUCAAUUUACUGAGGAGACUGAAACCUUAUUUUGUUCCUUGUGAGGAGAACUUAACAGAUAAUUAAAGAC